CUGUGGAAUGAGCUUCAGUAAGAGAGAAAAUCUUACUAGUCAUCAAAGAACCCAUACAAGGGAGAAACCAUAUAAAUGCUUGGAGUGUGGAAAGUGCUUUAAUAAGAAAGGAAAACUUACUAGUCAUCAAAGAACCCAUACUGGAGAGAAACCAUAUAAAUGCUUGGAAAGUGGAAAAAACUUCAGUCGGAGCGAAAAACAUACUAGCCAUCAAAGAACAUAUACAGGGGAGAAACCAUAUAAAUGCUUGGAGUGUGGAAAGAGCUUCAUUCGGAGCAAAAAACCUACUAGCCAUCAAAGUACACAUACAGGGGAGAAACCAUAUAAAUGCUUGGAGUGUGGAAGGAGUUUCAGCAAAAGUGCACACCUCACUUCCCAUCACAGAACCCAUACAAGGGAGAAACCAUAUCAAGGCUUGGAAUGUGGAAAAAGCUUCAGUCAGAGCGAAAAACUUACUAGCCAUCCAAGAACCCAUACUGGAGAGAACCCAUAUCAAUGCUUGGAGUGUGGAAAGAGCUUGAGUGAGAACAGAACACUUACUAUACAUCAAAGAACCAAUACUAGAGAGAAACCAUAUAAAUGCUUGGAGUGUAGAAAGAGCAUCAUUUCCAAAACAAACUUUACUAGACAUCAAAAAGCCCAUACUGGAGAGAAUCCAUAUCAAGGCUUGGAAUGUGGAAAGAGCUUCAGUCGUAGCGACGAACUUAUUAGCCAUCAAAGAACCCAUACUGGAGAGAAACGAUAUAAAUCCUUGGAGUGUGGAAAGAGCUUCAGUCAGAGCGGAACACUUAUUAAUCAUCAAAGAAUACAUACAGGGGAGAAACCAUAUAAAUGCUUGGAGUGUGGAAAGUGCUUCAAUAAGAAAGGAAAACUUACUAUUCAUCAAAGAACCCAUACUGGAGAGAAACCAUAUAAAUGCUUGGAAUGUGGAAAAAGCUUCAGUCAGAGUGACGAACUUACUAGCCAUCAAAGAACACAUACAGGGGAAAAACCAUAUAAAUGCUUGGAGUGUGGAAAGUGCUUCAAUAAGAAAGGAAAACUUACUAUUCAUCAAAGAACCCAUACUGGAGAGAAAUCAUAUAAGUGCUUGGACUGUGGAAAAAGCUUCAGUUGGAGCGACAAACUUACCGAGCAUCAAAGAACCCAUACUGGAGAGAAACCAUAUAAAUGCUUGGAAUGUGGAAAAAGCUUCAGUCAGAGUGGAACACUUACUAAUCAUCAAAGAAUACAUACAGGGGAGAAACCAUAUAAAUGCUUGGAGUGUGGAAAGAGCUUCAGUCAGAGCGGAACACUUACUAUUCAUCAAAGAACCCAUGCUGGAGAGAAACCAUAUACAUGCUUGGAAUGUGGAAAGAGCUUCAGUCGGAGCGACAAACUUACCGAGCAUCAAAGAACCCAUACUGGAGAGAAACCAUAUAAAUGCUUGGAGUGUGGAAUGAGCUUCAUUUCCAAAACAAAUUUUACUAGGCAUCAAAGAACCCAUACUGGAGAGAAACCAUAUGAAUGCUUGGACUGUGGAAUGAGCUUCAGUAAGAGAGAAAAUCUUACUAGUCAUCAAAGAACCCAUACAAGGGAGAAACCAUAUAAAUGCUUGGAGUGUGGAAAGUGCUUUAAUAAGAAAGGAAAACUUACUAGUCAUCAAAGAACCCAUACUGGAGAGAAACCAUAUGAAUGCUUGGACUGUGGAAUGAGCUUCAGUCGGAGCGACAAACUUACUAGGCAUCAAAGAACCCAUACUGGAGAGAAACCAUAUAAAUGCUUGGAGUGUGGAAAGAGCUUCAGUCGUGGCGACGAACUUACUAGCCAUCAAAGAACACAUACAGGGGAGAAACCAUAUAAAUACUUGGGAGUGUGGAAAGUGCUUUAAUAAGAAAGGAAAACUUACUAGUCAUCAAAGAACCCAUACUGGAGAGAAACCAUAUAAAUGCUUGGAAAGUGGAAAAAACUUCAGUCGGAGCGAAAAACAUACUAGCCAUCAAAGAACAUAUACAGGGGAGAAACCAU